AUGCAACUUGUUCGACUCGUAAGGAAAGAGACCGAAAUGACUUUGUUGAGUCGAGACACGUGUACCAAACUGGACCCCAGUUUAGUAAUACUUAUUCCGACAAAAAAAAGGGAUUUCUCUGGAAUACUACUGAAAGAAAAGCAAAAAAAUGCAGUCAAUAAAUUGAAAAAUUUAAUUGAUUUUCACUUACUUUUAAACAUUGGUGGUACACAUUAUCGAAUUCGUAACUCUACCAUUCAGUACCGUUGUCCAUCAUCGUUAUUAGCAGAAUUCAGCCGAGAAACGCAUUCUGAACGGAUAGAAAAAUGUGAUGGCUACAUAAGGGAUACCAAAGAAUAUUUUUUCGAACGGUCAGGAAAAUUAUUCGAACCCAUUUAUGAUUUCUUAACAACAGGGCAUUUCCACCGACCGGGGGAUAUCUGCCGGGAGAGACUUUUCAAAGAACUGGACUUCUGGAAUAUCAAAAAAGAUCUCUUUGCUCCUUGCUGUAUGUCCAUGGCGAUGGGCGAAAGUGAAGAAGAGGAAUCACAAAAUCUGCCUGACGGAAGUGUUGCUUAUAGCGAUCAAUUUGACGGGGUUUGUUAUGCUAAACAGCGUAGAAUGUUGUGGUUAGUAUUGGAGGACCCAAGUUCAAAUACUGCUGCAAAAUUGUUUGCGAUUCUAAGCAUAACAAUGGUACUGACCUCAGUGACCGGUAUGAUUCUUGGCUCAGUACCGGAAUGGCAGGGAACUCUCAGUGCCAAUCAUACUGCACACAAUAAACUUGAUUUUCGAUCUAAUUCUACUUUGGAGUCUAUUGAAUUGGCAAGCUUUGUCGCACACGCCAUAGGUGAUGUUCGCGGUAUAGCGAUGGUUAUGCGUGUUGUUAGGGUCAUGCGUGUUGCACGAGUGUUCAAACUUGCUCGAUACUCAAGUGGUUUGAAGUCAUUCGGCAUGACGGUCAAAACUAGCCUUGCAGAAUUAUCGAUGCUUUCACUUUUUCUACUGACUGCAGUAAUAUUUUUCUCCACGUUAAUGUAUUUUGCUGAACGUGAUGAACCUAAUACGAAAUUUAAAUCUAUUGCGCACGCUGGCUGGUGGUGCAUUGUUACGAUGACAACAGUCGGUUAUGGUGAUUACUGUCCUGAAACAUUGUUCGGUAAACUAAUUGCAAGUUGUGCAAGCAUUUCGGGUGUAUUAGUGCUAGCUUUCCCGAUCACAAUGAUUGUAGAAAACUUCUCGCGUACCUACGAUAGCGAAAGGAAAGAUUUCAAACGUGUACAACGUCGACGACGAAUGGCAAAAGCAUACAAUUAA